UCGGCUUGGCGUUCCUUUGUGUGGGCUCAGCCGAGGGAGGAGAACGCCGCCGGUGUUUUGCGAUAGUCCGAGAGCGUGGGGGGAGGACGGGCUGCCCUUGGAAGCCCCUCUGAAGUUAGACUUCUUGUACAGCCGUAUCUUUAAGCGAAAAAGCGUCGGUAAGCAGCAAAUUGACAGCGUGUGAGACCUGUAAGCAAAUCCAGGCAGGGUGAAAACGUGUGGUCUGGCCACGGUGUGGCCAAAGAAAUGGGAGAUGGAAACCUGCAAGUGCUUGAGGGUCCACGGGGAAAAGAAACUGGAACUUUUUGGAGUAGAAGAGGAACGCAGUUACGGCUGACAAAGUUAAAUUUCUCGUCUUGUUAUUCUGUGGGUCAAAAUGAGAAAUAGCUCAAGAAAAUGGGAACAAUGACGUUUUGAAACAUCAUAACACCAGACAGAUUCCUUAGCCUCAUAAGCAAAUCCUGAAAGAUUUGAAAAACAGUCUUUUGCUAUUUGGUUCGUCUGGAAAUCUUUUUGUGAGCAAUGUCUAUCAGUUCCAGCUCCCCCAGUAUCUGAUUCAGAAAAUAGAUUUGCUGAUUAUGUGAAUUUCAGUUGCCUGUCUUUAUUUCAGUAUUAAAUCAAGUCUUCUUAUAAUCUAUACUAUAGGUACUUAAGCCCGCAUGUUUGUAAGCUGUGUGUGGGCUGAUGAGGGUAAGAACAAAUUAAUUUAGUGUACAGGAAAAUGAUGAAAGAAUUUCCUCAGUGCUUCAUGGCUGUUCUUUGCAGAAGUCCUUCAUGAGAUGUAAAACACAACGGUAACAGAGUAAGUGAAAACAGCCAUCUGAACCUACACAUGCUUGUCAUCUCUGAUUCUACAGGAUGAAGAAACACGUAAAGAUUAUGAUUACAUGUUGGAUCAUCCUGAAGAGUAUUACAGACACUACUAUCACUACUACAGCAGGAGAUUGGCACCUAAAGUGGAUGUCCGAAUAGUGAUUCUCGUUACGGUGUGUGCCAUCUCUGUGUUUCAGUUCUUCAGCUGGUGGAGUAGUUACAAUGAAGCUAUCAACUAUCUAGCUACAGUGCCAAAAUACCGUAUACAAGCUACUGAGAUUGCCAAGCAACAAGGUUUACUCAACAAGACCAGAGAAAAAGGCAAGAACAGGAGGUCUAAAGAAGAAAUUCGUGAAGAAGAGGAAGAAAUCAUCAAAGACAUUAUUAAAAAUAAAAUAGAUAUAAAAGGCGGUUAUCAGAAGCCCAAGAUAUAUGAUAUCCUUCUGUUUCAAAUCCUUCUAGCUCCUUUCUACUUGUGCAAGUAUGUAAUUUGGUACUGUUGGUGGAUUUAUUGUUUCACUAUUAAAGGCCAAGAAUAUGGUGUAGAAGAGAAGCUGUAUAUCAUACGGAGAUACAUGAAAAUGUCUCAGUCUCAGUUUGACAGCCUGGAAGAUCAUCAAAAAGAGACCUUUCUUGAGCGGCAGCUGUGGAUACGAGAAAACUAUGAGGUCUAUAAACAAGAACAAGAGGAGGAGUUAAAGAAGAAGAUGGCCUUGGAUCCCCGAUGGAAGAGGUAUCGGAGGUGGAUGAGAAAUGAAGGACCUGGAAGACUGACUUUCAUUGAUGACUGAAAGUUGCUGAACACAGUGCGUGCUGAUGUCGGCAGUGAUCUGCAAAACUUUUUGCUACAUCAUUCAGAGUUUUAUCUGCUGGUUUGGCAGUGAUCUAAAACUCAGGAAUUAUUAAAUGAGGCCGAAAAAUAGUACAGGUUUACGGUUUUUAUAAAUCAGAAUUAUUAAACAGGCAUAACUCAAUGUGUAUAUCUUACAUGGGGAUCUUAAUGUGGAAUUCAUUAUUUCAAAUAAUGUAUUUCCUCUACAUAUUUCCUUCUCAUGAUCAAUGGAAUCAUAAUUUCAAUCUUCCUGAAACUGUUUCUUGAUCUGUCCUUGGAAGUCUCGGUUCUUGAUUCUAAACCGAAGGGUUCAUGCGAGUGAACACUGGAAAUUGAAAUUGUUGGUAAGGACUCUGAAGCAAGGGCCAUUUCUUACUUUCCUCUUCUCUUCCACCUACUUUUCAACUUACUUUUUAAAAUGCCAAAUUGUUUUUUGAUGUAGACAAAAUGGGGAUUAUACCAGACUACUUCUUUUGCUAUUCCCUCUCCAAUUGGAAAUGAAUUUUAUUCUUUGUGGGAAUAAAUGAUGCAUGAUUGAUCACCGUUA